CGAAGCUUGAUCCGCUCCAAUUGACCUGUGGAAUAGAGACACCCGCCAUACAAUGCCCGCCCCGAACCCAAAUUCGAACGAGCAAACCCAGAAAGUCCUUGUAUCUGCCUUAGAUGCCAAAGGCUUCGUUGAAAAGGUCCUGGUUGGUAAUGGCGUCCCUCAAGAGAAUGCAUCCAUCGUCGCCAAAUGCCUCGUAGAAGCCGAUCUACGCGGCGUCGACACCCACGGCAUUAACCGCAUCCCCUCUUACAUGGCACGCAUACGACAAGGCGUCCUCGACCCUCAAGCUUCUCCCACCCUCCGCAAAAUCACGCCCGUAGUCGCUCAGGUGGACGGACACAAUGGCUUUGGGUUUCUCGCAGCACACCUGGGCAUGUCUGCUGCGAUAAAUAUGGCACAGGAGAUGGGAAUCGGCAUGGUCUCGGUCAAGCACUCGAACCACUUUGGCAUGUCAGCUUGGGUAGUACAGCAAGCACUAGACGCGGGUAUGAUGAGUCUCGUGUUCACGAACUCGUCUCCCGCGCUGCCAGUCUGGGGAGGCAAGGCCAAGCUCAUGGGCGUGUCGCCGAUAGCUUGCGGUGCACCCGCGGGGAAGAACAAGCCGCUCAUCUUAGAUAUGGCACCUAGUGUCGCAGCGCGCGGAAAGAUCUACAAAGCGUUAAGGCGGGGGGAGAAGAUACCGAAGGACUGGGCGUUAGAUGCGGAGGGCAGACCCACAGACGAUCCUGCCAGCGCGUUGGAGGGUGUAAUGCUUCCAAUGGGUGGGCCGAAAGGCUCGGCACUAGCUAUUAUGAUGGACAUGUUCUCUGGAGUGCUUUCUGGGAGCGCAUUUGCUGGACAUGUCACGAAUCCCUACGAUCCGUCGAAGCCGGCAGACGUGGGCCAUUUCCUUGUCGCUAUCAAACCGGAUCUGUUUAUGGAUCUAGGGGCGUUCAAAGACCGCAUGGACUACCUCUACAAAAGAGUCGUUGAGUCUGACAAGAUGGCAGGAGUGGACAGAAUCUAUUUCCCGGGCGAAAUCGAGCAACUGAUGCAGGAGGACCGUCUCAAGAACGGAAUUCCCUAUGUCGACGCUGAAAUCGAAGCUCUCAACAUAGAGGCUCAAAAGGUGGGAGUCGAAAGCAUCAAGUCCCGCAACGGCCCGAUUGUCAAUGAGAAAGCCCGCCUCUGAGCCAGUAGGUCGCGUGUCUACAAUAUCACUUGUUUUGCUGUGAAACUGGAUUGAUCCGCUUCUCAAUAAGCAAUACUAUUUCUUAUCUUCUGUCUACGGCGAUUGAUUCCUAAAUCUUCCGCCUAGGGAGUAAAAUUCUUACUCUGUCAUUCGAAGAAGGCAACUAGUCCGACUGUGUUAUACCUACUGUACCAACGUAUGCAGCUAGGAGUGUCUCGUCGCCUUUGCCUCGAGACGCGGCUUUGUCUUGGCAGCGGGAUAGAAAAGAGAGAACGAUGAGAUGCCUGAGAGUACAACAAAGGACGCCACUUCUACAGCGAGGAUCUAGUUUUCUAUCUGGAUUAAUCUCAAAAGUAUAUUAUCCUCUGUAUUCUUUUCCAUCAAUAUCUUGUCUGUUUUGCUCAAAAAACAAAAACGUACGCCAAAAUGGAGUAAGCAUAAUGAUACCC